UGCAGUGAAAGGAGUCUACAGUAUUAUCUCACAACCUGCCUUCUUGUGGAGAUGAAUAAAAGCAAGAGCUCUUUCGUUUCCUUUGGAAUUAUGUACACCAGCUGUUCAAGUUCAAACCCAAGGCCCAGACUGAGGGUCCGAAGCAAUGCAUGCCACAGUCCAGGGUUUCAGAGGGAGAGACGCUGUUUUCCGCAUAUGAGCUAUAAGGAUUCUCAUGGACAGUGUCGGCCCUGCAGCACCAAAGACCGGCACUGCCCAGUGUGUCUCCAGACUGCUGCAUUCCCCGUGGAGACUAACUGCGGGCAUCUGUUCUGUGCUCCUUGCUUGAUUGCAUACUGGAGACAUACCUCUUGGCUUGGAGCUAUCAGCUGUCCUCUCUGCAGACAAAAGGUGAGCCAGCUGUGUCAUCUGUUCAUUGAGAGUCAUGCAGACAAGCAGGAACAGCAGGUGCUGCAAGACAUCAGAGACUACAACAAGCGCUUCUCCGGGGUGCCACGCCGGGUGACUGAUUACCUGUAUGACUUGCCCCUCUUCCUGCACUUGACGCUGCGUGGUCUCUGCACCAUGGGUGGCCUAGUAUGGGUCUUCUUCCUGAGGGUGGUCGUGUGCUGUUUCGGAGCACUCAUGUCUCUAAUAUCCCCUUUGAAGGGCAUCCCUGAGCCCUUCUGUGGGGUGUUGGGGGCCCUUGAUGACCUGGUGGUGAUCUUCUUGCUACUAAUAUGUGUCAUUAACAUCAACCAGCAGAUCAGCCCAGAGAGAGGUGCUAUUGCCCACAGUGCCGCACAGGGUGUUCUCUCUGACUCUCUGUAGUGCUGCUGUAUAGGGGAAAACAACCGCACUACUGGACCACACUAUUGGAAAACAAGUGAUCCCUGCAGCCCAGAGCGAUCAGUUGCAGUUCCACUGACUGCCACACUCAGUGCUGUUGCUCAUAUUAUAAACUGUCUGGAGUCAGCAGGAAAUACAAAAAUAGGAAUGGUUACAAAUGAGAGGUGGCUCUCAGGCCUGUUUUAUUUGUUUGUAGUAGCUUAUUGAUCCAACGUCACCAUGAAGCAGCUUUCUGAAGGAACACACUGAAUAAGCUCUACACCGUGGUAAUGUUGUUUGUCCUGAAUUUGGAUAUGUCUCUUGGGGCAACAGAGAAGAAAUGAGGACUGAAGCGAGGCACUCUGCAGUAAAUGGACCUGACUCAGAGUCUAGCUGUUUUACUCCACCAAUUUGUUCUUAAAAUGCAGAAAAAAGGUAUUUCUCAGGUUGAUGUUAUUUCCUAAAAUUUGUAUUUGUUAAAAGUGACAAAACCAACCUGAAAUGCACAUUGAAAGGAAAAACAAUUGAAGGAAUAAAAAAACUCCCAUUAACUGAGUUUCUGCUGCACACCAGCAAUAUAAAAAAAAUCCAUACACUAUAUACAUGGGGGGGCGGUGCUGAAGUGGUCUGAGGUCCUUUGUUGGAAUUGGUCCUUGGCUCUGUCUGUGAGGACUUUGCAUGCUCUCCCCAUGUCAAUGUGAGUUUUUCUGGAUGAUCCAGUUUCACCCCACAGUCAAACGGUAUUCUAUUAAGGUUCACAUACAUCUCUAAAUUACCCCCGAUAUGCAAGUGUAAGUGAAUACAAGUGUGUGCGUCCUUCAAUGGACUGCUUUGUCUGCUUUUGUGUCCUUUUCCUGUCAGGUUAGGCUCUGGUUCACCAGAACCUCUAAGGAUAAAUUGGUGACUGAAAAUGGAUGGUUGUACAAACAUGGGUCUAAAGUGAUUAUUCAUCAAAAGGGGGGGACUUUAAAUUAUUAAUUAAGCAUGCUUUAUUUCAGUACUUCAGUACAAUACAAAAACAGCACCAAAGGAUGAGAGCUCUGAAUUAUGAUCAAAUAAAUUCAAUUACAACCCCAGAAAUAUUUGAACUUGUUCCUAUGAUGUAUUUGAUGGAUUUGUAAACACAGCAAUACCUGCCAUGGUAACUGAAAACUGUAAAUAUUUAACCUGAAAUGUUUUGUAUAUGUGUAAGCAUCUGUACUGUAUGUACAGUAUAAAAGCUAGAUGUUUAUAAAGUUUACUCUGUGAAUAAAAGUUUAAAAUGUUGCAUUAAUGUAAAUAAACUACAACUUGUAUUUAU